UUCUGUAUUCAGCCGCUCCGUGUGCACCAGACUGUUCCUUUUUUUUCCGCCCUGAGGAACGAUGGAACCAGUCUGGAAGUCGGUUGGAUAGAAAGAGUUUUUAUUUAACCAGGAGGAACACAUCUACUGGACGUUCUGGAGGUGUUUGUUUGAAUGUGUGCAGUAAAAUGGGCCUCGGACGCUUCAUUGGAGUGCUGUUUUGUGCAGCUGCUCUCACAGUUUCUGCAGUUUGUGAAGCAAGCAGGUGGAGCAGACAGGAACUUCCAGAGCUGCAUGUUGACCGUACGUCACUUUUAAACCCUCCUCAGUUCAGAGGACAGCAGCAGGAUGAGGACAGCGAAGGGAUGGAGACGCUUUGUGGAAUAGAGUGCCAAAGCAGCCUGCCGCCGGUGGACCUCACCGAGCAGGAGAGGAUUCUGGGAUAUGAGACGAUGCACGAAAAUGGCACUCGAACGCACUCAGACAUCAGCCUGCAGGGAUUCAACAAGACGCAUCCGCCCACGGGUCGAACCCGAAGGAGGCGGCAGGUUUACGGAGCCGAUGGACGCUUCGUGAUCUCAGACUCCCACUUCGUCACCAACUACCCGUUCUCCGCCGCCGUCCGACUUUCCACCGGCUGCUCCGGAGUCCUCGUGUCGCCGAAACACGUUUUGACGUCCGCACGCUGCAUCCACGACGGCCAGGACUACCUGGACGGCGCCCGGAAGCUCAGAGUCGGAGUGUUGCAGCUGAAGACGAAGAGAAGGAGGCUGGGAGGGCGGAGGGGAGGAAGACGAAGGGCCGGGAGGGGAAAGAAGAUGGAGGAGGACGGAGAGGAGCAGCCAACGGAGGAAGACGACGAAAAGAACAGCAUCGAUGGAGAUGUGGCGAGGAUAGGAGGUGGAAGACGGCGAGGAAGGAAGUCUGAGAGGAGAGAUGGAAGGAAAAGCCCCAAUCGGAUCCGACGCAGCGCCGAACCCAAGAAGCUGCCAGUGUUUCGAUGGACUCGAGUUAGAAAGCUGCAGAUCCCUCAAGGAUGGAUCCACAAUGAGAGCUCCAACGUCUCCCCGGACUACGACUACGCCCUGCUGGAGCUGAGAAGACCAGUCAAGCAGAAGCACAUGGAGCUCGGCGUGGCUCCGUUGGCGACUCCUCUGGCCCGGAUCCACUUCUCGGGCUUUGACAGCGACAAAAGCCUGCAGGACGGUGGCGGAAACGAGAAGGUGGUUUAUCGUUUCUGCUCGGUGGCGAAGGAGUCUGAUGACCUGAUGUACCAGCACUGUGACGCCCAGCGAGGAGCAACCGGCGCCGGGGUUUAUGUCCGCCUGAAACGAGACGGCGGAGGCGGGAAGGGGAAGUGGCAGCGGAGGGUGAUCGGGGUGUUUUCGGGGCAUCGGUGGGUGGAGGUGGAAGGAGGUGAGCUGAGGGACUUUAACGUGGCAGUGAGGAUCACGCCGGCUAAAUACGCCCAGAUCUGCCACUGGAUCCGAGGAGAUCAGAGUCUGUGCAAAGAAAUUUGAACCGACCGAACAAAAGAUCCGCAAAAGAAAAAUGAUCUGAACAAGGAGACUCGACAUCCAAGGAAAAGUCUAAGAAAUGGUUCUAACUCUUCACUCAAAAAUAGGACUGAAAAGCUUUGUAAUAACAAGUGUACUUCCUAAGUGAUGUAAAAAUGAGCACCGCAAUCAUUCAUCAAACACUGAAUCAGCCAAUAGUGUCUCAUUAUUCAGUAUUCUAUACAGGUGUCAACAAAAGUUUCAAUACUGUUGUAAAGACCGUGGAUGUUUGGUCAAUCUGGAUUUUCCAAAUACUCCUAAAACUCUGAAGUCUCUGAAGUUCACCAUUUUGAUUAGAAACUUGUCUGUAAUUGAACUUCUGGGAGCUUCAAUAAUCAGCCAACAACUGUUUUUCAACCUGCACAGAAUAAUUUGGUUUAAAAGAAAUCAAAGAAUCUUUUAUUUUGAAAAAUUACUUCAACAUUCUCUUGAAAAUGGUUCCUUGAAUCUAUUUUGCUUAUUUUCACCAUUGUUGUGACUAAAGGAACGAUUUUUUUUAUUCUUUGAUGCACCUACGAGGAUUUUUGAAAAGAGAACUCUUGCUAAAAUGUUAUUUGUGGUGCUAAAUCUGCAAAAGAACUUUAUUUUAUUUUGCAACAAUUACUAAAACAGUGUCUUGAAAAAAGCUUCAUAAAGAACUUCUUUUUGCCUAUUUCAGUGACUAAAGGACCUAUUUUUGUUGUUUGAUGCACAUUUAGGGGUUCUUGAAAGGAAAACUCCUGAUAAAAUAUUAUUUGUUAAACUAAAACUGCAAAGAACCUUUUAUUUUUACUUCAACACUAUCUUGAAAAUGAUUCCUUUAAGAACCUAUUUUUGCUUUAGAGCACCAUUAUGGUGACUAAAGCAAAUUUCUUUCUCUUAUUGUUCUUUGAUGCAUAUUUUGGAGGUUUCUUUUUAAAGAAAACUCUUGCUAAAAGAUUCUUUGUGGAGCUAAAAAUGGUUCCUCUAUGAUGUGACUGUAAAGAACCUUUUACUUUGCAAAAAUUACUUCAACACUUUCUUGAAAAUGGUUCAUUAAAGAACCUAUUCUACCUAUUCUUUUCACCAUUAUGGUGACUAAAGGAACCAUUUUUUUUAUAGUUCUUUGAUGCACCUUUGGGGGUUCUUGAAAUGAAAACUGUUGUUAAAACAUUCUUUGUGGUGCUAUAAUGGUUCCUCUGUGGCAUCACUUCAAAAGAACCAAUUUUGGCUUCAAUUGCCACCUUUUUUCUCUGAAUUUCAUCAGUUAUAAUUGUUGACUGAUCUUGAAAAGAGUUCCAUAAAGAAUCUAUUUUUGCUUAUUUUCACCACUAUAGUGACUAAAGGAACUAUUUUUUUAUGCUUUGAUGCACCUUUGGAGGUUCUCGAAAGGAAAACUCUUGCGAAAACAUUACUUGUGAUUCUAAAACUGCCUUUUAUUUUGCAAAAAAUACUUCAACACUAUCUAGAAAUGGUUCCUUUAAGAGCUUAUUAUUGCUUUGAAGCACCAUUGUGGUGCAGUAACAAUUUUUUUUGAUAGUUCUUGAACCACUUUUAAGAGCUCUUAAAAAUAAUUGCUUAAAGAUUUUUUGUGGAGUUAAAAAUAAUUCCUCUAUGGUAUCACCUCAAAAUAAUUAUUUUUUGGUUCCAGUUAGCACCUUUUUUUCCUCUGAGUGUAUCAGUAUGUGUGUGUUUUUUUUGGGAUAUUAUUCUCAUAAAUCUGAGUGACAUGAAAGAUGUGACAUGAUGUGACUCUAACUGUGGAUGUUCUCUAAAAUAUCUGUAUAUUAUUACAAUAAAUCACAUACUGAACAGAUUA